AACACCCGGGAGAGGACGGCAUCUCUUAGUUCCCAAGCAGUGACCGUGCGUCUCCGUGCCAGUAUACAUCUCCAGAGCCCUCUUCCUCCAGCCACCGACCACGGACUGAGGCCAGGACCCCACUGUUUCCAGCCCCCCGCCUCUACCUCCCUCUGUGCCUGUCUUCCAGUGCACCCCUCAGACGCCGGGAGCGGCCGGCUGCACUUCCGUACCACAGAGGAUCGUGACCUGAAGUGAGGAAGAGUUCAACAUGGGAAGUGGAGGAAGUGUCGAAGACAAGGCGUUAGCCGCCAAGUCUAAGGAACUGGAAAAGCAGCUGCAGGAAGACGCAGACAAAGAAUCCAAGACGGUCAAGCUGCUGCUGCUUGGUGCUGGUGAGUCUGGGAAGAGUACAAUUGUCAAGCAGAUGAAAAUUCUCCAUCAAGGUGGUUAUACCAAAGAAGAACAACUGGAAUUCAGGGCAAUCAUAUAUGGUAACAUCCUGCAGUCUGCCCUGGCCAUCGUCAGAGGCAUGGAAAUGCUGGGCAUUGAUUUUGGGUCACCAAAAGGAAGUGAAGAUGGGCAGAAGCUGUCCAACCUGUCAGACUCCAUUGAAGAGGGCACCAUGCCCCCUGAGCUGGCCGAUGUCAUCAAGAGGCUGUGGGCUGACAGUGGUAUCCAGGCUUCCUACGAGAGAGCAGCGGAGUACCAGCUCAACGACUCUGCCGGCUAUUACCUUACUGAAUUGGACAGAAUCACAAAGGCUGAUUACCUGCCAAGCGAGCAGGAUGUGCUGCGUUCCCGAGUCAAGACCACCGGUAUAAUAGAAGAGCAGUUCUCCUGCAAAGAGCUACACUUCAGGAUGUUUGAUGUGGGCGGCCAGCGGUCGGAGAGAAAGAAAUGGAUCCACUGUUUUGAGGGCGUGACCUGCAUCAUCUUCUGUGGAGCGCUCAGUGCUUAUGACAUGGUGCUUGUAGAGGAUGAUGAAGUGAACCGUAUGCACGAGUCUCUUCACUUGUUCAACAGUAUCUGCAACCACAGGUUCUUUGCCACCACUUCCAUUGUGCUCUUCCUCAACAAGAAGGAUCUUUUCGAGGAGAAGAUCAAGAAGGUUCACCUCAGCAUUUGCUUCCCAGACUACGAUGGUCCUAACACAUACGAUGAUGCCAGCGCCUACAUCGGGAAGCAGUUUCAGGACCUGAACAUGAAGAAGGGUGUCAAAGAAAUCUACUCCCACAUGACCUGCGCAACGGACACAAAGAACGUUGAGAUUGUGUUUGGAGCCGUCACGGACAUCAUUAUCAAAGAGAACUUAAAAUCUUGCGGUCUGUUCUAAGCAGAUACACAAAGAGAUUUUCUUUCCCCCCUCACCCUUUCAUUUGGGGUCAUGUUGAUGUUGAGCAGGACGAACAGAAGACACAGCAAAGGUUUUGUCACGCCAGAAGACCCUUCAGACCCUUCUAUUCUACACUAUCCCAUUCCUUUUUUCCUAACUCCCUAACUGAUGAGUAAUGAAUGCAAAUACUAAGAAACAGCCCGUAAAUUACUCCAAAGGGAGGCAACACAUCUAGUCAGACUAAUCGAACAAUGCCCCUUCCAGAGACAAUGUGGAAAAGGAUCACCUUUAGAUGGAAAAGUGGAUGAGAAGUCAGAAGAACAGCAGAAUUGACAUGUUUAUAUAGAAAUGUUCUUAGUUAUUCAGGGUUAUUUCUGGCUCUUUAUGAUUGGUUUUUGUUGAGGAAAGCGUGUCCAAAGCUGCUUAUGGACUCCAUUUGAUACAUUUAUUAAAAGGAUACGUUUUGAGACUAUCCAUCUUACUCAACACGGUCAGAGUGAAUUCCUUUCCAGGAACAUUGUUCUUGUCUCAUGAUUUAUAAACAUUUUAUGUAGUUCUAAAUAACACAAAUUAGAACUCUGUUUGGAUAUGCCUAGCAACUGUUUUACACCAUAUGUACUACAGUAAAAAAAAAAAAUAAUCCUUAGCAAUUUGGAUCAGUGAGUUCAAACAGCCAGGCCUAAACUGGCAGUUAAGAAAAAGUACCCUCAAAACAAGUUAGCAAUGUAUUUUGUAAAUACAAUAGCAUAGUGGACCAUAUAUAUUCAUAUUCAAAUAUGUAUCAAAAAUGUUCAACAUCAGUGACAUGCUUAGUGAUGUACAUGUAAUACUUCAGUUUGACUACUGACAAAUUAAUCUGUAAUUCUGACCUGUCUUGUGAAAGAUAGACACUGAAAAUAAAAAAUAUACAUAGAAAUGGCCAUUAA